CCCAGCCGGCUGCCAGUGCCGCGCAGGGCGGCAGCGGGGACCGCGGGACGCCUCGGCCCGGGCAGCUCCAGGCCGCGGGCCCGUUGCUACGCGACCGCCGCCGCAGCCGGGCCCAGCGCCACCAUGGCGUCCCUCGGGACCGUGAGCGCCGAGCUCCGAGCUUACUUCAGCCGCCACAACCUCCUCGACGUCUACGAGAUGCUGCUUUGUGGUGUAAUUGUUAUGCGUCCAGAAGAUCCACUGACAUUUUUAGAAGAAAAGCUCAGAGAAAUAAUGGAAAAGGGAUUAGAUGCUGUCUUAUGGUAUAUGUGUAUUGAUCUGUCUUUACACCCAAAAUUAAAGAGGAUUUCAGAAACUUACCUGAACACUGUUUUUGGACUAGAUGGUGAACAACUGAUGACUGAAGAAUUAUGUGCCAAAGCAUGGGACUUUUACAGCAAAAACUUAAUGAAGGUGUAUUUUGGAGGAUGGAUAAAAUAUAGUCUGCUGAGAAAGAACAAAAGAAGAAAGGCAAAGCAGAAGAUAGCUGUAGCAGUAGUUCAUUAUAACGUCCACAUAUUAAGAGUAAUUGUACAGAAGUGGAGCAUGUGGGUGCAGAGUCACAAGGAAAAAAUGACAUUGGCAGUGAAGAGACUGCAACAGAUCUUUAACAAAAUAUAUUUAAAUGCUGUUGUGAAAGCUUGGCAUGCAGAGGCCCACAGUUCUUUGAAAACAAAAGCAUAUUUUGAGAGUUUGGCAAAGGAAAGUCAGAAAGGCUGUUCUGAAUCAAAUUAUCUUACUGUCGGACAUAAAACAUCCACAUCUCAUUUACCAGAAAAAGCCUUAUUACAGGUUUUCCAUUAUGUAAAUUUAGUUGAUCUGGCAAGAUGUGCUCAAGUUAGCCAAACAUGGAUGCUACUAACUCAGAACAGUUCAUUAUGGAGUGAUAUCAAUUUUUCAUCAGUGAGGCAUAAAGUUCAGAACCAAAUAGUAGUAAAUAUUUUGCAGAAGUGGCGUCCUUAUGUAUUACGUUUGAAUCUUCGAGGUUGCUAUUCUCUUCACUGGCCUAGCUUUAAAAGUAUCAGUGAUUGUAAGAAUUUGCAAGACUUAAAUCUCUCUGAAUGCCAGGGAUUAAAUGAUGAAUCGAUGAGACUCAUAUCAGAAGGUUGCAGAGCUCUUCUCUAUUUAAAUCUGUCAUAUACAGAUAUUACUAAUGGAACACUACGACUAUUGUCAAGCUUCCCCAAUUUACAAUAUCUGAGUUUAGCUCACUGCAGAAAAUUCACAGACAAAGGUUUACUGUACCUGGGCUCUGGAAGAGGCUGUCACAAGCUCAUUUAUUUGGACCUUUCAGGUUGCAUUCAGAUUUCAGUUGAUGGCUUCAGAAAUAUUGCCAAUGGGUGCAGUGGGAUUCAAGAUUUGCUAAUCAACAAAAUGCCGACUCUUACAGACAGAUGUAUUCAAGCUCUGGUUGAAAAAUGCCAACAGAUAAUGUCUGUUGUCUUUCUCGACUCUCCACAUCUUUCUGAUACAACUUUUAAGGCCCUUGCUGAAUGUAAACUUGUCAAGGUCAGCAUUGAAGGGAAUAACCAAAUUACUGAUUUAAGUUUCAAGUUGAUGAGUAAAUGCUGCCCAUACAUCAGGCACAUUCAUAUGGCUGAUUGCCAGAAGAUUACAGAUGCUGGUCUUAAGAUGAUUUCACCAUUGAAGCAUAUUCUUGUACUAAAUGUAGCAGACUGCAUAAGAAUCAGUGAUGGAGGUGUAAGGCCAUUUGUACAAGGUUCUUCAGGAGCUAAGCUAAGAGAGCUGAAUUUGACUAAUUGUAUUCGUGUCACUGAUGCUUCUGUCACAGAAAUAGCACAAAGAUGUCAUGAAUUGACCUACCUACAUCUGCGUUACUGUGAAAAUGUGACUGAUGCUGGAAUUGAAGCCUUGGGAAAUAUGUCGUCAUUGAUAUCCAUUGAUAUCUCUGGAACCAGCAUCUCAGAUAUGGGCUUGAGAGCCCUUGGCUGCCAUGGAAAAAUAAAGGAACUUUCUAUAUCAGAAUGCAAAAACAUCAGUGAUACCGGCAUUCAGGAGUUCUGCGAGGGCACAAAGUACCUGGAAUACUGCCAUGUCUCUUACUGCCCUCAGCUGUCGGACGAAGCUGUGCGAGCAAUGGCAUUUCACUGCCGCAGACUAACGUCUGUCAACAUAGCGGGUUGCCCAAAGAUGACUGAUACCUGUAUCCAAUAUUUGGCUGCAGCCUGCCAUUAUCUCCACUUCUUGGAUGUCUCGGGUUGCAUUCAUCUUACUGACAAAGCACUGAAAUAUCUUUGGAAAGGUUGUAAGCAACUCCAGAUUCUCAAGAUGCUGUACUGUAGAAAUAUUGCCAAAGAAGCUGUCUUGAAAUAUACAGUCAAAUUGGAGAAACAAGAACAUAAUGAUGCUGACCCUCCUUCCUGGCUUGGAUAUGACCGAGAUGGUAACAUACUCACCUUCAGCUAAAAAACACACAUCAGAGCCUGAAUAAACAAGUUCUUCAAAAUGAAAAAUGAAGAAAUUGCACAAGAUCUUCUACAGUUCAAGGGGUUUUUCACUAGAGCAUGAAAAGAAUGCUUAUUUUUCUUAAAACUAAUCAUACUUUAAUAAAAGGCUGUUUGUUGAAUUAGUAAGGAAGCACUGAGAAUCAUUCUCGCAGGAGAGCGUAUGCCUUCAAGCAAGACAGCCAUGCUGAAACAACAUUGCUAACUUUCAGAUGUUGAUUCAAGCUGUCUUCAUCUUUCAAUAAUGAGAAGUUUUUGUAGUCCCGUGCACAGUAAGCAAUAAAUAAAUCUGCGUGUGUUUGGGGUUCUUGUUUACCAUGAAGGUCCUCUCCAAGGCAUAAACACCCUGACUUCCCACAGAACUUCACACUUGACACGGCUGGUACUCAUCAAGUAUUGUGUUCUUGAGCAAUGAAGAACAGUGAAGAGGUAGCGACUACCGAUUCCUUAAUUCACAACUAUACAUGCACAUUUCAGCACAGUUCUCUACUUCUCAACAGUCACUUGUGCACCCAGAACUCUCAUUCUCAUUAAAGCUUCUCAGGCUGAGUUCAACUCUCGAAGCGACUUGGUGUUUACAUUUGUAGAUCUGAACUGUGGGCCAGCUGGCAGCUGACAGAGACAGGAGAAUCAAGAGAAAAGGAGCACAGAUGAGAAAAGUGUUAAAGGAUAAUUUUUCUCCAGUUACAAGAACAUGUCUUCUCAAAAAAUGGACAAAAAAAUAUGAGCACACAUGGGACUUGCCAUUCAAAUCCCAAUUACUGAUAACCCACUAAUCUUUCCUUGUGUAGAGAAAAACAUAAAGAUUCACUUCAUUACAGCAGAAUAAGAUGUUACUCAAAUGCCUUUGGGGAAACUCCCAAAGCUUUGUCUUUCUUCAGCUCACUCUUGACCUUUAUGUUGAAAUUCUAGCUGGUCUCAGCAUUUAUUAGCUUGGAAAGAAUAUAAUCAGAGUAGCUUUAGUGGUAGCACAGUUUUUCUGAUGGCUUAUUUAAACUUUUUUAAGCAAGUAACUAGCAAUCCUAAUGUUUAAUUCCAGCUAGUUUUGGCAUAUGAAUGGCUUAGCUUGUUUUCUUUUGAAUGUGGAAGAAAUAAUGUGUUUUCUUACUAUGUUCUCCCUUAAAUUGCUGAUACAGCAGUCCCAAAAAGCAUGACCUUAAUCACAGAGGCUGACAGGCUUUGUAUUCCAGGAGAAUAAUGGAACCAUUAAAUGGACUUGAGUUUGUGAAAUAUCUACUACACUGUUUUUAUUUUUCAGUCCAGUGUGAAUUUAGAGGUGCUUCUUUCACUCUGUCUGCAGCAGUGCACAGAAAUCGUUAGUUUCAAAAUUUUUUAAUUUUUUUCAGGUAAUCUAAAACCAUGACACAUUAAUUUUUUAUCUUUUAACAGCAGUAUGAUAAUAAUAAUUACUAAUAACUAUUAAUAUUAUAUUGCUUUUAGUAGUAAUAAUGUUUUAUAUAUUAGUGUUUAUAUUGAAAAUACAUAUAAUUUGCCAUACCCAUCAGUGCCCACCUCAUCCAAACAAACAGUACAUACAACAGCAAACACAAUGUGGAGUUUUAACUACCCUGAAUUAUAGCAAAAAUGGUGCCCUUGGCUACUGAAGUCCAU